CAACUAAACAUUUCCGCUUCCGGAAACGCUAAAAUGCCGGCUUGAUCAUCAUUCAAAGUUAUAGUGAGCUAAAUCCAUUGAAAUCAAAUGCUUCUCUUAUGCUGACAUGUCAUGAAAAGGAAAUAAGGCUUGAAGAAUGUAUCUGUAUAACUUAACUUUACAAAGAGCUACUGGUAUUGCUCAUGCAAUCCAUGGCAACUUUUCUGGAAGCAAGUUACAAGAAAUAGUUGUUUCCAGAGGCAAAAUAUUGGAACUUUUAAAACAUGACCCAAAUACUGGAAAAUGUUACCCUUUGUUGUCAACAGAAAUAUUCGGAACAAUUAGAGCUCUUAUUCCCUUCAGAUUGACUGGUGGAUCUAAAGAUUACAUUGUGGUUGGGUCAGACUCUGGAAGAAUUACCAUCUUGGAAUAUAUACCUCAGAAGAAUGUGUUUGAAAGGGUUCACCAAGAGACAUUUGGUAAAAGUGGUUGUAGAAGGAUUGUUCCUGGACAGUACCUGGCUGUAGAUCCCAAAGGAAGAGCUGUCAUGAUAGGUGCAGUUGAAAAACAGAAAUUGGUAUACAUAUUAAACAGAGAUGCACAAGCUAGACUGACUAUUUCUUCACCUCUAGAAGCUCACAAAGCUAAUACACUGGUCUAUCACAUAGUUGGAGUAGAUGUUGGUUUUGAAAAUCCAACAUUUGCUUGUCUUGAAAUUGACUAUGAAGAAUCCGACAGUGAUCCCUCAGGAGAAGUAGCUGAGAAAGCACAACAGUUACUGACCUAUUAUGAACUGGACUUAGGAUUGAACCAUGUUGUUAGAAAAUACUCAGAACCACUUGAUGAACAUGCUAAUUUUCUUGUAUCAGUUCCUGGAGGCACAGAUGGACCAAGUGGUGUAUUAAUUUGUUCUGAGAACUAUGUUACAUACAAAAAUAUUGGAGACCAACCAGAUAUCAGAUGUCCUAUUCCAAGACGCAGGAAUGAUCUUGAUGAUCCAGAAAGAGGGAUGAUCUUUGUAUGUAGUGCUACCCAUAAAACUAAAUCCAUGUUUUUCUUCCUGGCUCAGACAGAACAAGGAGAUAUAUUUAAGAUAACUUUAGACACAGAUGAAGACAUGGUAACAGCCAUAAAUUUGAAGUAUUUUGACACAGUUCCGGUGGCAGCUAGCAUGUGUGUGCUAAAAUCUGGUUUUCUCUUUGUUGCAUCAGAAUUUGGAAAUAGUUUUCUGUACCAAAUAGCACAGUUGGGAGAUGAUGACGAUGAGCCUAGAUUCAGUAGUAACACACCAUUAGAUGAGGGUGACACUUUCUUCUUUUCUCCAAGAUCUCUGAAGAAUUUAGUACAAGUAGAUGAAGUAGACAGUCUUUCUCCAAUUAUGAAUUGUCAGAUUGCUGAUUUGGCCAAUGAGGAUACACCCCAGUUAUAUACACUGUGCGGGAGAGGACCAAGAUCUACUCUACGAGUCUUGAGACAUGGUUUAGAAGUAUCAGAAAUGGCUGUUUCAGAACUGCCCGGUAAUCCUAACGCUGUAUGGACUGUAAAGAAAAAUGUUGACGAGGAGUUUGAUGCGUAUAUCAUUGUGUCCUUCGUCAAUGCUACUCUGGUAUUGUCUAUUGGUGAAACAGUUGAAGAAGUAACAGAUUCAGGGUUCUUGGGAACAACACCUACUUUAUCCUGUUCACAGCUUGGAGACGAUGCCUUAGUGCAGAUUUAUCCCGAUGGAAUUCGUCAUAUCAGGUCAGACAAGCGUGUAAAUGAAUGGAAGACACCUGGCAAGAAGAAUAUUGUAAAGUGUGCUGUCAAUCAAAGACAAGUUGUCAUAGCUUUGACUGGUGGUGAAUUGGUCUACUUUGAAAUGGACCCAACAGGACAGCUUAAUGAAUACACCGAGAGGAAAGAGAUGUCCUCCGAUGUUGUAUGUAUGGCUCUAGGACGUGUCCCUACUGGUGAACAGAGAUGUAGAUUCUUGGCUGUUGGUCUCUCAGAUAAUACUGUCAGAAUUGUUUCAUUAGACCCUACUGAUUGUUUAUCACCAUUGAGUAUGCAGGCUUUACCAGAACCUCCCGAGUCUCUGUGUAUUGUAGAGAUGGGAGGUACUGAAGCCAAAGAGGAAACCGGAGAAACUGGUAGUGUGGGAGGCCUCUUCCUCAACAUUGGACUUCAAAACGGUGUAUUGCUGAGAACAGUAUUAGACACAGUAACUGGUGACCUGUCUGAUACAAGGACCAGAUAUUUAGGAUUGAGACCUGUCAAACUCUUUAGAAUAUCAAUGCAGGGAUCUGAAGCUGUGUUGGCUAUGUCAAGUAGAUCCUGGCUUAGUUAUACCUACCAGAACAGAUUUCAUCUUACACCAUUAUCAUAUGAAUCUCUGGAGUAUGCAUCAGGAUUUGCCUCUGAACAGUGUCCAGAAGGCAUUGUAGCCAUCUCUACAAACACACUAAGGAUUUUGGCUUUAGAAAAACUUGGAGCAGUGUUUAACCAGGUGUCACAUCCAGUACAAUUUACUCCAAGAAAGUUUGUGAUACACCCUGAGUCAAACAAUCUUGUCCUUAUAGAGACUGAUCAUAAUGCCUAUACUGAUGCUACUAAGAUGGAGAGAAAACAACAAAUGGCUGAGGAAAUGGUAGAAUCAGUGACAGAAGAACAGAGAGAAAUGGCAGCUGAGAUGGCUGCUCAGUUCUUAAACGAAGAAUUACCAGAGAGUAUAUUUGGUGCACCUAAGGCAGGCUCUGGCAUGUGGGCAUCAGUCAUCCGUAUCAUCAAUCCUAUCAGUGGUCAAACACUGGAUAAAAUAUCACUAGAACAAAAUGAAGCUGCUCACAGUAUAUCCCUUCUGAAGUUUGCCAGUCGUGGAGAUGAUCAGUUUAUAUUAGUGGGCGUGGCCAGAGAUCUUGUUCUACAGCCCAGAUCACUGACAGCUGGUUAUAUCUAUGCCUAUCAAUUAAAAGACAAUGGUGAAAAAUUAGAAUUCCUACAUAAAACAGAAGUGGAAGAAGUGCCAGCAGCAAUUGCUUCAUUCCAAGGAAGGUGUCUUAUUGGUGUGGGCAAAUUUUUACGAAUUUAUGAUCUUGGCAAGAAAAAGAUGCUCCGGAAAUGUGAAAAUAAGCAUAUCCCUAACUUUGUGAUAGGAAUUCAUGUGACAGGAAGUCGUAUUGUAGUGUCAGACAUUCAGGACAGUUUUCAUUUUAUUCGAUACAAAAGACAAGAAAAUCAGUUAAUUAUAUUCUCUGAUGAUACAAAUCCUAGAUGGAUUACUGCUUCAUGUAUGUUAGAUUAUAAUACAGUAGCUGGAGCUGAUAAAUUUGGAAAUAUUACAGUGGUCCGUUUGCCAGAGGAUAUCAGUGAUGAUGUUGAUGAAGAUCCAACAGGAAACAAGGCAUUAUGGGAUAGAGGCCUGCUGAGUGGUGCAUCUCAAAAGGUUGACAUAGUAAUGAAUUUCCACAUAGGAGAGAUAGUGACAUCUCUACAAAAAGCCACCCUAAUCCCUGGAGGUUCUGAGUCUCUAGUCUACACUACACUAUCUGGUGGUAUUGGUAUGCUGGUACCAUUUACUUCACAUGAGGACCAAGAUUUCUUCCAGCAUCUAGAGAUGUACAUGAGAUCAGAGAAUCCACCUCUGUGUGGGAGAGACCAUCUAUCAUUUAGAUCAUAUUACUUUCCUAUCAAGAGUAUCAUUGAUGGAGACUUGUGUGAAAUGUUUAAUUCUAUGGAUCCUGGUAAACAGAAGGGUGUGGCAGAAGAAUUAGAUAGAACACCUAGUGAGGUAUCCAAGAAGCUAGAAGACAUUAGAACAAGAUUUGCAUUCUAAUUUUGGAACAAAAACAUUAAAACAAGAAAAUUGAUCGGGAGAUUCUAGUGAAAAGUCCAACAUUCUCUUUGUUAGAAUUUGAAUAGGUUUUAUAUUUCCACAGUCUUGGGGAAGUGUUUGUUAAUGAUAAGUGUUAUUAUGUAUAUAUGGCAGCUGUAUUGUGAUUAAAUGUCAAUUUGUACAAAAGACAACGAUUUGUGUAGGAAUUGACUUUCAUAGCAAUUUGAAGGUCAAAUGAGGGAACUUUUCUUCUUUUAUUGCAGAAUAGCUUUCUGUGAAUAUUACAUCAAGGUUUUAUUUCAUAAUUCAAUUUCAAAUAAAAUUAAGUAAUACUCAGAUUUAACUGGGUUAUAUUCUGACACCAAUAUUUUUUUCCUUCUGUCAUAAUAAUUAUUUUGUUCAUCAUUGGCAUGCAACUAUUUCAUGUAAUGAAAAUAAGUCAUAUGCAAUAUAAAUACCAUGAGAAUUCAUACCAUUUCAUCAGUUAUUAUAUUAAAUAUGAUACACUCUGUCAACAUGUUAAUUCAUUGUGAUAAUCAUGUAAAUACCAUCAACAUUAAAUUGUAUUUAUUGUAAAUAAAAAGAUUAAAAUAU